CUUUUCUGGUGAAAAAUAAUAAAUAAAUAAAUAUAUUAUAUUAUAUAUUAUAUUAUAUAUGUAUAUAUGCAGUUGGUAGAGAAAACGUGAAAGUACGUACGAGGAUGUUUAGUUUCAGCGUAAGGACGUGGCAAAAUGGGAUAGGGUCACCGAAAUCCGUCGUCGGCUCACCAAGCUCCGUCGAUUCUCCGGCGACGGCGGCGGCAAGGGUUGUUGAAUCUCCGUUAGGCAACACCACCACCGGAUCUCCGAAACUGGACGUCGGAGAAAUCGACACGCGAGCACCUUUCGAAUCUGUGAAAGCUGCCGUCAGUCUAUUCGGCGAAGUCAUCUCCCCCAGAGCAAGGCCCAUCACAAAGAAGACAAAAGCCGAAGAGCAAAAACUACUUGAGAAGGAAACACAACACCACAUGAUCCUCCGAGAACUCGACUACUACAAAGACCAGCUCCGAACCACACAAACCGCAAAAUCACAAGCUCUACGCGACCUACAAAAAGCCAAUCGAACCCUACAAGAACUCACGAACAAGCUAGAAGCUCUAAGCGAAUCCAAACAAGCCGCAAUAAAAGCCACUGAAGCCGCCAAAACCCGGGCCCACGACCUCGAAAAGCAGAAGUCGAUAAAAGCCCAACUCGGAAGCGAUGCAUGGAAACUCGAUCUCGAUACGGAGAGAGAAAGGUACAAAGCCUCGUCGGGCGAACUCAUUGCAAGCAAACAAGAACUCACUAAUCUAAGGCAAGAUUUCGACGCCGCUUUAGAAGCUAAACUUUUAGCUUUUCAAGAAACCGAAGACGCCAAACAAGCCACGAAAACGAAUCUAGAGAGAGAAAGUCAACUAUCGAGAGAAGUCAAAAUGCUUCGAGAAACGCUCGAUCAAGUCAAGAUCGCGUCUCUUCAAGCGCAAGAAGAGCACUUGAAGCUCAUAGCGGAGAAAGAAGUUCACGUGCUCGUUCAUAAGUCGGCUCGAGAAGUUGCGGAAACUGAAAUCAACCGUUACAAAGAAGAAAACGGGGCGGGAGAGAAUCUUAAAGAGAAGCUCGAAGAAACAACAGAAGCAAUUAAGGUAUUGCAAGAGCAACUCAACGACGUUCGUGCUUCGGAUUUUUCUUCGUUGAAAAAAGUACUUUUAGAGCUCGAUUGUGCUAGAACGGAGCUUAGAGAAAUCGUUGCAGAAGAAGUUUCGAUUAGAAGUUUUGUCGAUUCGAUUCAGCUUCAAUUAGAGGAAGUAAAGAGGAAGCAUUAUGAGUGUAACAAUAAGGUGUUAGAAGCAGAAGCUCUAGUUAAGCAAAUGGAAGCCGAUUUAACCGAUAGGAAAACCGAGCUCAACGAGGCUAGGUCAAGGAAUGUGCUAGAAGAUAUGAAAUCGGCUCUCGAGAACCUUCUAGAAGAAGCUGCAAAGAACAAACAAGAAACAGAAGAGAUAAAGAAGGAAAUCGAUUUGGUGAAGCAAGAAGCAGCAGCUGCAGCUUUUGCAGCAAAAGAAGCCGACAAAAAGCUGGAAACUGCACUCAAAGAAGCAGAAGCUGCAAAAGUUGCGGAAAAGCUGGCGGACGAUCAAAUCCACGAUUCGCCGAGAAACGACGCGAUCGACUCCAAGGGUCCGGGUUCUUCUAGAAGGAUCCGAUUGACGGUCGAGGAGUUCAAAUCGAUGAACCAGAAAAUCGAAGAGUGUAGGAAGAAAGCUGAUUUAGAAGUAGCGACUUUAAUUUCGCAUGUGCAGAGUUUAAACGCGAGCGAGAAUGAAGUUUUGCAGAAAGUUGAAGGGAUUCUGAAGGAGAACGAGAAUAUACAGUCGGAAAUCGAAGAUGCUUUGAAGAGAGCAGAAAUGGCCGAGGCUGCUAAAAAAGUCGUCGAAGGGGAACUGCAAAAAUGGCGUACAAAAGAGGAUAAUACCGAAAUCGGAGAACCCUCUUAUAUUUCUGAAGAAAAAUUGCAGUGAUCACAAUAUAUAACUGUCAUAGUAUCAAAAAGUAGUUUUUUUUAACUUCAAUUUAAGGUUUCCAAGAAAGGGCAAAUUUGUAAAUUCAAUGUACAAAAAUUGUAGCGAUUCAUAGUAUAUAGCAAGAAACAAUAUAU